AUGGCGCAGUCGAUGAAGAAGGUCACCGAACUUGGUGCCGAACUUUCCAAUGAAGAGCGCAACCUCCUCUCUGUUGCUUACAAGACUCGAAUGAAAGAGAUUGGUUUGCAGAACGUCGUUGGAGCACGUCGAUCUUCGUGGCGUGUCAUCUCGUCGAUUGAACAAAAAACCGAGGGUUCGGAGAAGAAACAACAAAUGGCGAAGGAGUACAGAGAGAAAGUCGAGAAAGAGCUCAGAGACAUCUGUCAAGAUGUUCUGGUGGGUAGUUGUUUUUUUGAUUAA